UGACAGAUUUUAGAGUGGGACUGAAUGUGUCCAACUCAAGGACAUUUCGAACCUAAGUCCUAUAUAAUGAGCUGAUAUGUAUUUCCGAAUUUACUAUCCACUUUGCAGCGUGGCUAGUAAAGAUCCUGUCCAGUCUCCAACAUGAAAUUCUUGGUUGUACUUCUUUUUGCCGUUGCGGCCACCGCUACCAAUUAUGGAAGCUAUGACAAAUAUUACAGCCAUGCUCCAACUACUUAUUCUUAUACUUCCGGGCAUUCCGAUUAUGUUCCAUCCCACGGUACAUACAGUUUGGGAGGUUUAGGAUAUGGAAGCGCCCUUUAUGGUUCUUCAUAUGGACAUCAGGGUUACGGACAAAGUGGUUGGAAAUCUGGAGGCAAGGCCAUAUACGGACAAUCAACCUACACUGCUCCCGCACAUGCUGAAUACAUUUCUGGUGGUUAUGGAUCAGAUCAUAGCAGCGCACUCUACGGAACUGGAUACGGCAGUGGACUCUAUGGCUCUUCAUACGGUCACCAAGCUUAUGGACAGAGCGGCAAAGCUAUAUAUGGAUUAGGAGGAAGUGGACUGACACAUCAUAGUUCUUACGGAGGAGCUUAUGUCAGCCAACCUAAGCGUUAUCAGCCAGCCAGCUACCGUAGUUCCUCUUGGCAGAGAUCUGGUGCUCAUGGAUUCUCUAGUGCACAGGGACCAGGCAAAAUCACAUUCACAAAGGAGGUACCAAGCUAUUCCACCUACCAGAGAACGAAACCAGCCGUUUCCGCUGUAUCUAGCUACUCUUCCUACAAGAAGCCCGCCGUUACUACUUAUGCAGUCCAACCUGAAAUUACCAGCUAUGAAAAGUACGUUGAACCAGAAGUGUCAGUUGUCUCCAAGCCUGUUGCUACAUACGCUGCUGUUAAACCCACAACUACACAUUUUGAAAAAUACGUUGAGCCAGCAGUCUCGUUUGUCUCGAAGCCCGCUGCAACAUAUACUGAAGUAAAACCCGCAGUUACACAUUUUGAAAAGUAUACUGCCCCCAAAGCCUCAUAUGUUGCACCCGCAACUACGUAUGUUGCAUCUGAGGGAGUAGCUUCUUUACCAGUUGCUGCCCAUAAACAAGAUACCCAUUCUGCUUUUUAUACAGAAGUCGAACCAGUCAGUACUGUCAUCACUCAGCCCAAAUACCAGUACGUGGCUGAAGCUCCCAAACAGCAUACCAGUACUUACAUCAGCAGGCCUGUCAGCACUGUCGUUGCCCAGCCUAAAUACCAGUACGUGGCUGAAACUCCUAAACAACAUACCACUACUUACAUCAGCAGGCCUGUCAGCACUGUCGUUGCCCAACCUAAAUACCAGUACGUGGCUGAAACUCCUAAACAACAUACUACUACUUACAUCAGCAGGCCUGUUAGCACUGUCGUUGCCCAACCCAAAUACCAGUACGUAGCUGAAGCUCCCAAACAACAUACCACAACUUACAUCAGCAGGCCUGUCAGCACCAUCGUUGCUCAGCCUGCUGUUACUUCGGUUGCUGACCCAGCUGUCAGUUAUUAUGAGAAAGAUCAUCACUCCUCCAUUGCUACUCCAGCAAAAAGUUAUAUUUCCAGUUCUUAUCCAGCCUACAGCUACAUCUCAGAGGCAUCCCCAGUCUACAGUUUUUCAUCUAGCAGCUAUCCAUCCUAUACUUACAGCUCCCCAUCUGUUUACAGCCCAUUCUCAUAUUCUCACUCCUACCCAAGCAGCUACUGGAAGAAAUAGGCACCUGUUCGAUCAUUCAAAAAGGAAAAUAUCAUUUGAUGAAUGGAAAUACUAAGAAUUCAAACCUAUCUCAUUCGUCUUUCGGCUAAGGGGACAAAAAGGAUAAAAUCAUCUUUGUGCUUUUGUAAAAUGUUUUCAAAUAAAAAAUGUUAUAAAUGAA